AUGGCCCCCUCCCUCUCCAACCUCAUCAUCACCUGUCCCCUCUCCCCUGAGAAGCUCGCAGAGGUGAAGACGCACUUCAGGUUGGUACAUCACUUUCCCCCUGCUGGUAAAGAAAAAGUACCCAAGGAGCUGGCGGAGAAAGCAGAUGUAUGGUACAGUAACUAUACGGGUAUACCUGAGUAUCUGAAGUUCGAGGAUAUACCGAAUUUGAGAUUGGUUCAAUUGACAAGUGCCGGAGCAAACACCGCUCUGAAAUCACCAGCACUCAACAGCGAACAAGCCUUAAAACAGAUCACCAUCUCCUCUGCGUCAGGUAUCCAUUCGUUGAGUAUACCCCAAUGGAUCCUGUCGCAAAGUAUCAGCUUGUACAUGCACCUUUAUCUGCAAACUUACAAUCUCAGACACACGCAAAAAUGGGUUCGAGAGAUCCCUCAACUUCCACCUCCCCCUCCUGGAGAUUUCGGCAACUCUGGAAGAACGCUGUACGGCAAAACCGCUGGAUUGCUAGGUUACGGACAUAUCGCCAGAGAGACAGCUAGACUCCUUAAAGCUUUCAACGUGAAUGUCAUCGCUGCGAACUCGACUGGGGAGAAAAGAAAGGACGAAGGAUUCAUCAUCCCUGGAACAGGCGAUGAAGAGGGUGUGAUUCCAUCGGCUUACUAUUCGACCAAUGAUCUCCAGUCUUUCAAGACUUUCUUGAGCAAAUCGGAUAUCUUGAUUGCUAGUUUGCCGUCCACCCCUCAGACUGUAGAUUUGUUGAAGGAUGAGCAUUUCGAGGCAUUACCCAAAGAUGCUAUCUUGAUCAACGUAGGAAGAGGUGACCUGUUCAAGUCUGAAACACUUAUCAAAGCUCUCGACCAAGGCCAUCUCUCCGGUGCUGCACUGGACGUGACAGACCCAGAGCCUUUAACCGACGGUCACCCUUUAUACACCCACCCACUGGUCACUAUCACCCCUCACACUUCUUCCAACGUGAAGGGUUAUUUCGAGGUUGGAGCUGAUUUGUUGUUGGAGAAUGUAAAAAGGGUACGCGAGGGAGGCAAACCAAUCAACAAAGUUGAUCCGGAGAAGGGUUAUUAG